GUUCAAGUCGAAUAACCAAACCGACACACAGACCUACAACAAAAUGUUCAAAUUGGUGGUGUUGUCCGCAUGUCUGGCUCUUGCCUGUGGUGCCCCUAGCUUGGUGCAUCACGCCCCAGUAGCCGUUGCAUAUUCAACCCCAAUUGUUAAAUCAACCGUAAUCGAAUCAGUUCCAUCUUCAAUUAGCCACCACAGCAGUUCGGUUGUUCAUGGUGCCGCUAUCGCCACUCCAGUCAUCACUCCAGUCGUCAAAGCUGUAGAAACUGUGGUACCAAUCGCGAAAACUGAAGUAGUUGGCAGUGUGUCUUCAAUCAGCCACCACAGCAGCUCUGUGAUUCACGGAGCCGCCGUAGCAGCCCCAGUUGUUGCCGAAGUUAAAGCCGCUCCAGUUGUUGCCGAAGUCAAAGCCGCUCCAGUUGUUGCCGAAGUCAAAGCCGCUCCAGUUGUUGCCGAAGUCAAAACUGCUUCAGUCGCUGAAGUUAAAGCUGCCCCCGUUGUAAUCGACGUCAAAUCUGGUUCCGAAGAAAAAUCAGUUGAAGCUCAUCCGGUAGUUCCAGCUGUAGUUGCAACCAAAACUGUUGUAGAAUCUGCACCAUCCUCAAUCAGCCAUCAUUCUAGCUCUGUCGUACAUGGUCACGCCAUCGCUGCUCCAAUUGUUAAAACUUACGUUCAACCAGCUCAUGUUGCUGUAGCUCAUCCAGCUCCAAUUGUUAAAACUUACGUUCAACCAGCUCAUGUUGCUGUAGCUCAUCCAGCUCCAAUUGUAGCUCAUCCAGCUCAAAUUGUAGCUCAUCCAGCUCCAAUUGUAGCUCACCCAGCUCCAAUUGUAGCUCAUAGAGCUGCUGUUGUAGCACAUGCAACUCCCGUUUUAGCACAUACUGCUUAUGCAGCUCCAGUAGUAGCCCACCCGUGGUAAAUUUUUAAAAUAAUAUAAAUUCGAUCUGUACUGAUACAAAAAUAAAAAAAAAACAAUAAACAUGA